UGCGGAGCGGCGGGAGCGCCCCGCUCGCCAUCCCGCUCGCCCUCCUCUCCCGGUGGUGACGGUGGUGGCGGCGUGCGAGGAUGGAGCUGUUCCAAGCCAAGGACCACUACAUCCUGCAGAGCGGGGAGCGGGCGCUGUGGUGCAGCCGGAGGGACGGCAGCCUGCAGCUGAGAGCCGCCACUGAUCUUCUUUUGGCUUGGAAUCCCAUUUGUCUGGGCCUGGUUGAGGGAGUCAUUGGUAAAGUUCAGCUUCAUACAGAUUUACCGUGGUGGCUACUUCUAAUUCGUCAGAAAGCAUUGAUUGGCAAACUUCCAGGAGACCAUGAGGUUUGCAAAAUAACAAAGAUUGCAGUGAUUCCACUUUCUGAAACAGAACCUCAGGAUCUGGAAUUAGAGCUUUGUAAAAAGCACCAUUUUGGGAUAAACAAGCCAGAGAAGAUUACGCAGUCCCCAGAUGACACAAAAUUUCUGCUGAAGACUCUUACUCAAAUUAAAUCAAAUGUGUCUGCUCCAAAUAAAAAGAAGAUUAAAGAAAGCAAAGAAAAAGAGAAGCUGGAGAAAAGAUUAUUGGAGGAGUUAUUCAAAAUGUUCAUGGAUUCAGACUCCUUUUACUACAGCCUGACCUAUGACCUAACAAAUUCUGUGCAGAGGCAGAGUGCGUGUGAGAAAACUAACUUACCACUGUGGAGAAGAGUUGAUGAUAGAUUCUUUUGGAACAAGCACAUGAUUGAAGAUCUCAUCACCAUUGAUAAUGCUGAAGUGGACUUCUGGAUUAUACCCAUCAUACAAGGAUUUGUGCAAAUUGAAGAGCUUGUCGUGAACUAUAACGAAUCUUCUGAUGAUGAUAAGAGCAGUCCUGAAACUCCUCCUCAGGAAUCAACUUGUGUAGAUGAUGUUCAUCCAACGUUUCUGGUGGCACUUAUUUCACGCCGGAGUCGGCACAGAGCUGGAAUGCGGUAUAAGCGAAGAGGUGUUGAUAAAAAUGGAAAUGUGGCAAAUUAUGUUGAGACAGAGCAACUGAUUCAUGUUCAUAAUCAUACUCUUUCAUUUAUACAAACGAGGGGCUCUGUGCCUGUUUUCUGGAGCCAAGUUGGAUAUAGAUACAACCCACGGCCCCGACUGGACAAGAGUGAAAAUGAAACAGUGUCCUGCUUUCGUGCACACUUUGAAGAACAGCUGAAAAAUUACAAAAAGCAGGUUAUUAUUAAUUUGGUGGAUCAGACUGGCAGAGAGAAGAUUAUUGGAGAUGCUUACCUUAAACAAGUUCUUCUUUACAACAAUGCAAAUCUGACUUAUGUUUCAUUUGACUUCCAUGAGCACUGCCGAGGAAUGAAGUUUGAAAAUGUUCAAACACUGACCGAUGCCAUUCACGAUAUUAUUCUUGACAUGAAGUGGUGCUGGGUUGACCAAGCUGGUGUGAUUUGUAAACAGGAGGGAAUUUUUCGGGUUAACUGCAUGGACUGUCUGGAUCGUACCAACGUGGUGCAGGCUGCUAUUGCGAGGGUGGUCAUGGAGCAGCAGCUCAAAAAGCUGGGUGUGAUGCCACCAGAGCAGCCUUUGCCAGUGAAAUGCAAUAGAAUCUACCAGAUAAUAUGGGCCAACAACGGAGACGCCAUAAGCCGGCAGUACGCUGGCACCGCUGCCUUGAAGGGUGAUUUCACAAGGACUGGGGAAAGAAAGCUGGCAGGGGUCAUGAAGGAUGGAGUGAAUUCUGCAAACAGAUACUACCUGAAUCGCUUCAGGGAUGCUUACAGGCAAGCAGUCAUAGAUUUGAUGCAGGGUAUCCCCGUAACAGAGGAUCUUUACUCCAUAUUUACAAAAGAGAAAGAACAUGAGGCCCUGCACAAGGAGAACCUGAGGAGCCACCAGGAGCUGAUCAGCCAGUUGUUGCAGAGCUACAUGAAACUGCUCCUGCCAGAUGAUGAAAAAUUCCAUGGAGGAUGGGCACUCAUUGACUGUGAUCCAAGUCUCAUCGAUGCCACUCAUAAGGAUGUGGAUGUUCUGCUGCUGCUUUCUAAUUCUGCCUACUACGUGGCCUAUUACGAUGAUGAGAUCGACAAGGUGAAUCAGUACCAAAGGUUAAGUCUUGAAGCUCUGGAAAAAAUAGAAAUAGGCCCUGAGCCUACCCUCUUUGGCAAACCCAAGUUCUCUUGCAUGAGGCUGCAUUACAAAUACAAGGAAACGAGCGGGUAUUUCCACACCCUCCGAGCCGUGGUGCGCAGCCCCGAGGAAGAUGGAAAAGAUACUCUUCAGUGCAUCGCCGAAAUGCUGAGAAUCACCAAGCAAGCCAUGGGACUAGAUGUGCCCAUUAUUGAGAAGAAGCUGGAGAGGAAGAGCAGCAAACCUCACGAAGACAUCAUUGGCAUUCGCUCUCAGAACAGAGGGUCCCUGGCCCAAGGCAAGAAUUAUUUACUGAGCAAGUUCUCGUCCCUCAAUCAGAAAGUGAAACAAACCAAAUCCAACGUGAACAUCAGCAACCUUCGGAAGCUGGGCAGCUUUGCCAAGCCUGAAGUGAAAGUCAAUUUUCUAAAACCCAAUUUGAAAGUGAAUCUUUGGAAGUCAGACAGCAGCCUUGAGACUUUAGAGAAUCCGGUGGUCGAUACGAAAGUCCACACCGAGUCCGACACGGAAGGGUCGGACAAUGACUCGUUCCACUCUGAUGACUACCUGACUAAUUCCAAAUCUGAUGAGGACACCCCUCUGACGGGCUCCCUGGAGAACAUGGGGCAGGUGGACUACGUGCUGCCCAGCUGCGGCAUCAUCGCCUCCGCCCCGCGCCUGGGCAGUCGCUCCCAGUCCAUAAGCAGCACCGACAUGAGCAUCAGCAUCCACGUCCCCUCCGACAUCCACGGCUCUCAGGAGAGCAGGUCUGACUCUGAGGAUGUCCCCUUGCCUUCUGCUGACAACGCGGAGGUGGAAUUUGCUAAACCCAUCGAUGUCUACUGCCAGAGGUUCGUGCACGAUGCUCAGAGUCAGAUGUCAGAUGUUUUGGAGGCUGAGGUUGGCUCUCAAGAGCCCCAUCAUGUAAUGAAUCAACCCAGCAAUAACACACCUAAGAAGGCAGAAACCAAGGCUGAAGCCACCACAGACAUUCCUUCCAGGCCAUCGAAGUUGGACGUACAGUCUUCUGAGCCAAAUCUUCAGCUUUUGGCUGUUGGUGGGACUGACACUAAACCUCAUAAAAGCCCAGGAUCUGCAUCUGGUACCCUGGAGACGGGACUCCCCAUGACUCCUUCUCCGGCCGACGGCAGCAGCAGCAGAGCUGUGUCUCCUUUUGCUAAAAUCCGCAGUUCCAUGGUGCAGGUUGCGACCAUCACGCAGGCGGGGUUGACUCAAGGGAUUCACUUUGCUGUGGCAAGGGUCCAGAAGAGCCCUGCAGAACCCGAAGCCCUCAAUGAAAUCAAACAAAAAGAACUGAAGGAAAUGUUUACGCAAUGCCAGACGCGGAUCAUUCAGAUCUAGUUUGCUGAUUUUUGGAAGUGUUCUUCUGCCUCUUAAUCCAAUACUUCAAAUAUUAUAUCAGGACUCAUGGUGGCAUGAACUGCUGCUGGAUACCGGGAUCAAUAACCUAUAGAUAACUUUGUUUACAGGAAGUGAGAGAUGUGAAUGAAUUUGGUUCUGACCAAGCUUCCAAAUUCCCUCGGGCAGCUGAGACAGGAGAAGGGUGAACCCUAUUGAAACAGGUAGCUUAGACACUGGGCUGUAGUGAGCGUGCUGGCUGGCUGGCUGUCUUCUCUCUGUUUCACAGUUAUUUUUUGGAGACUAAUUUUUGUAGCUCUUCUGACUUAUUUAGAAAGUAUUUAUACUACAAAGGUGAUACUGCACUUCUGUGACCUUACUUAACCUUGCACUGCACCAGCAAAAUAACUUACCGGUAAAACUAGGUUUUUAUUUAUUUUUUUUGAACUAGUAUUUUUACUUGUUUCCAUGGAAGGUUUAGAUGCAGCUUUCUACUAUGAAUUGUGCCUCUACAGUGGGAAUUGAUGGGGUUUUGUUGAACUUAAUUUGUUAACCAGAAAUUAAGAUUUCUUUUUGCUGUCUUUUUUUUUUUUCUUUCCACGCAUCCUGGGACACUUUCAGUAGGGAUGAAGUGUAGAUCCAACCUGAAACACCCACGAUCCUGCAGUGCAAAUUUAGUUUGUCAUUUCUUUUUUCUCACUUGUGUUGAGGUGAGGGGAAAUGAAGGAAGCUCCUCUAAUUGUCUCGCCUGUGCUAAAGCUAUUCCUGUUUCCUUUUUUCCAAAUGCCAAACGCUGGCAAUUUACUCCAAUUUUCCUUGUCUCUGUGUAAAGCAAGACAAACCCCACACCUGACCUUCAGGCGUUGUGUGUGUGUCUCUCUGCUAGGAUUUUUUGUUAAACUAUAUUCUAACUAUCAGGAUGCAAAAGUCCAAAUAACUUCUGAAGUAGGAGGCAAGUGUAGUCUUUCAGAAAAUCCGUGUUGCAUGAGAGCGUAGCUGUGGGCAUCUCACCACAACCAAAUUCAUUCCCAGCUCAAGCUUUGCAGACUUGCAGGAUAAAGGCUAAGCAUCCACUCGUGCUGGGGAUUGGAUAAUAAAUAAAAACAUCCCUUCUCUAUGUGUGUCAAGUAAUCAAAUUUAUCUAAAUUACCCUUUCCCAGCGCUGCCUUGCCAUGCUCUUCUAGGGUAGGACAUUAUCCAAAAGCUGCUGUAGAGCAGGAUCUUCCUCUGCUGUGGUUUGUGACUCCGACCACUGCUCGGAGCUGGUGCCUCCAUGUCCCCAUCCCUGUCCUGUAGAUAUCUAGGCUGCACGUGGUGUCCAGCAGGUGUUGUCACAGGGGUAGGGUAGGACAGUCUCUUAGGGCUUCUAGUGUCUGAAACAAGUGUCAUCUACCCCCCUCCAUCGUCUGAAACUUUGAUAAACAAAUCAGAUUUAUUUAUUUGUUUUAUUAAAGUGAUGUGGGUUUGGGUUUUUUUUUUUUGAGUGUCUAUACUUGUGGUUAUAUUUAAAAUUCAACUACUGCUGUAUUUUAAUGUGAGCAAU